AUGGAGGUCCACCCCAGAAGAAGACACGGGAUCAUCCGUGUUCUUCUCAUCAUCUGCUCCUUCUUCUUCGUUGUCGUUGGCGUCGUCCUCAUAAACCAGGCCCACAUCCAGGAGAUCAUGAAAGAAGGCGAUGGUGCUUUCUCCCGUUCAACUGCUGCUAACAACUCCUCGGACUUCCACUUCAGCAAUGCCACCAUCACCCACCAAACAGACCCAACACCAACAAUACCAGCUCCCUCCUUCCGUCUCCUAAUCGGGGUCUUUACCGACCCCCGCAAUUACCUUCACCGCAACUUCCUGCGCCUCGUCUACGGCACACAGAGGCCGGAGAUUUCCGUGAUCGACGUAAAAUUCGUCUUCUGCAACCUCACCGACGAAGAACAGCAGGUUUUCGUAGCAGUCGAGAUCAUGCGCUUCGAUGACAUCAUCAUCCUCAACUGCAACGAAAAGGAAGACGGUGGGAAGACCUACAGUUAUUUAUCAAGCAUGCCGAAUAUGUUCGACUCCCCACCGGGGUCUCGGCCGACGCCAUACGACUACGUCAUGAAGGUAAACGACGAUACUUUUGUCCACAUAGGUGGGCUGGAGGUGUCGAUGAAGAGCAUGGCCCGGGAAGACAUGUACUGCGGGUUCCAGUCGGCCUGCCAAAAGAUGGACCAGGCUCGGUCUCCCAGCAUGGCCUAUGUUCUAUCAUGGGACCUGACCAAGCUCGUCGGUGGCUCCAGCUAUGCGAAGGCUCACCAGGUGGGUCUGCAACAGUUGUUCGCCGGAGAUGAUGGGCAGAGAGAAGGCCGGCGUGCUGCCAAAAACAGGUACAGUGGCAAGGCUUACAUGUAUGACUCUCAUGGAACUCACGCUUGUGGACACGAACUCAAUCCCAACACCAUAGCCAUCUAUGGGCUAAAGGAUGAGAGGAAGUGGAUUCAGGCGCUCACUUACUUCAACAUGACCAGCAAUCUCAAGCCUUCCAAGUUUUAUCACAUCCCCUAGUGCUCUUUUCAUCACACCGAUUAAAUUUCCUCUGCGUUUUUCGCUUUAGAAGCUUUGGUUGAGCCAGUUCUCCGUUGUGGUUUCGAAGUGAUUAGUGCCCAUUAGAUCAAAGCUAAAGAUGCCAAUGCCAUAGUUCCGCCUCCAUUGAA